AUGGGACCUUACCGAACGCAAAUGCUGAUGGAGGUGAAAAUCACAGUAUCUUCUGGAAAGUGUGACAUCCACAUCCUGGACAUGUCAACAGGAAGUGUGGACAAGAAGACAGGAGAGGUCACCUUCGAUCCUGCGAACAAGGUUGAUCAAAAGGCUGACAACUGCGUCACCUGGAAAGACAACGGCAACGGAGGUCUUGACUUGGUGAACUACAGCUGGUCUCAGUCGACCGUUGGACUUCCAUGGUGGUUUCCACUGCCGGACUCGUUCAUGCAGAAGACGGCGUCAUUUGUGAUUGGCCAGGUAGUCGUGAGCUCAGUCUUGAAGGUUGCUCUGCUCUGCUGCUGUGAUGGUUGA